AUGACGGCAGGGGUCAGGCGGGCGCGGCAGUGCAGCCAGGCGCGCUGGGUUGCCUUCUUUCUGUCGCUGUCUCCAUUGGAACUCCUCUGGCCGUCGACGAGGCACACCGAGUGGGGCUGCACCUUUGCCCUGGACCUCAACGAGUGCUUCUUCAACCCCCGGCUGGCGGCCGAGCGGCAACGCGUCUGCAAGCUGGUGGCCCCUGGGGAGCGCGUCCUCGUGCUCUUCUCUGGCGCGGGGGCCUGGCCCGUCCUCCUCGCCGCCCGCUCGCGCUGCUCGCAGGUCGUCGCCGUGGAGGCCAACCCGAAGGCGCACGCCUUCGCGCUCGAGAACGUCCAGGCGAACGGGGUGGCGGGCGCGGUGCGGAGCCUGCUCGCGGACGCGGACGCCCUCGCGGACCUCGGCCUCGGCACCUUUGACCGCGUCGUCGCACCGCGACCGCUGGGCUCCGCCACGGCGGGGGCGCUGGCCGCGCUGGCCGGCGCCGUGGCGCCGGGCGGCCACGCUCACGUGUACGGUUUCGUGCCUCCGCCGAUCGGCGCCGGCCGGGAGCUGCCGCCGGGCUCUCCAGAGCCCGGCGGGGACCUCGACGGCCUGCUGGCGCUGGGCUCCGGCGAGGGCCGCGCCUUCGGCGUGGAGCGCGUGGCGCGCUGCCCGAGGAGAACGCAAUCGGCAGGGGCGCGCGAGGCCAGAGCCUGUACCGGGUGGUGGUGGACCUGCGGCGCCGUGCCCCGCAUCCGAGCGACGGGGUGCUCGAGGAAAAAGGCGGUGGGGCCUGGACCAGGCCGAGCACGACGAGGAACAGGAGCGCUGGUUCGCCGUGACGCGCAUCUUCUUCCACGGCCUGCCGCAGAUCUCCAGCUACAGCGGCAUGAAGCUGCUGCACUUCCUCCAGCCCUGGGUGUUAUCGAAGGAUAUAUGCAGCAUCCUCUACAACGAGCCUGCUGGGGAAAGAUG